GGAAUAAUAGAACUAUCGCCUCCCGCCAAAACACGGACUUGGUAGUAGCGUUUGUCGACAAAUUUCGCGCCGAUUUUCUAUCCGGGAUUUUUUCUGUUCAAUUUCUAAUUCUGUGUGACUGAAAUAAUGGCUCUACAGUGUCCCAAAACGUUCCAAAUACAAGAAAAAUUUGAAAAAUUAUCCUUCCGUUAUGGGAAUCAAAUAUCAGAAGACAGUGCCAUCUCUUCUUGUUCAACGCCAUCUACUCCCACAAGUCCGAUCGAUUUUGAUAUUAAAAUUGCAACACUGGACGAUGAACAACAAGUUUUGGAAUUCCUUCAAAAAUUUUUUUACAAAGACGAACCGCUUAAUGCGUUUAUGGAAUUGAUCACAGACGAACAUCCCAGAUGUUUAGAUUUGGAGAAAUUCACUUUAAAAGAUUUGGAUAAUGGCGUGAAUUUGUUGGCAAUACAAAAUGGAAAGAUCAUCGGAGUUUGUUUAAAUGGUAUCAUUGAAAGAGAUUCGGAUGAAGAUGAAUUCGUCAGUAAAGAUGAAAAAUUUUCGAAAAUUGUAAAAUUAUUAGAUUAUGUAGCAGUAGAAUCUGAUCCGUUUCAAAUUUAUCCUGGAAUAGAUAAAGCAAUGGUGGUGAAAAUUUUAUCUGUCGAUAAUUCGUACAGAGGAAAGGGUAUCGCGAAAUACCUUAUAGCAAAAACAAGAGAAAUUGCAAGAUACGAGGGGUGCGGAUUCAUAUCGGUGGAUUGUACAAGUCACUAUACAGCUUGUGCUGCUAAAAAACUUGGAUUUGAUCUACACUACACUCUUAAUUACGAAGAUUACAAAAUUGAUGGAAAAGUAGUUUUCAAACCUGAACCACCGCAUAAAUCUGUAACUGUGUACACCCAACGUAUAUUUUAGAUAAUUGCUCACGCAUAUUCACACGAUUUGUAUAUAAAAUUAACUGAUAACAGGCAUUUCAACCUAAUUAAUUCCCAAGAAAUUUACUCUACUACAUUUUUUCAAAACGUAUUUAAUUCGUCGAUUAACUUGAAUAAAUACGAGGGCUGCAAUGAAAGUAACAGACGUUUUGGUGUCAAGAUAUUCAUAUACCCAGUGGUAGCUUCCGAAGCGCGGCUUUCAUACUUUGUAUCAAGCUAUGCUCCCCCAAAAGUUUCUAAAAAGUUGUAUAAUAUGAAGCAAACAAAAUCCUAAGCCUAAGUCAAGAGUUCAAAAUCCCUAAUUAUUUUUAUUCUAUUUUUAUAAUAAAUGUUUUAUUUGUUGUAAGUCAAGAGCUCUUGUGCCAACUUUUCUCAUCCUCUUCACCAACCUUGGUCCAUCGGCUGGCGAAUGUUUUGCUUUGUACAGUGUAAAAAUUAAUUAUGUAAUUAAAAUUCCCUUAAGUGCAAAUUGUGAUAAAGGGAAAAUUAUGAAUCAAUUGAUAUUCUAAAGAUUGUUUCUUCGCGAUAACGCUUUUCAAAAAAACUAAGGAUAUAUUUCUAAUGCAAUGGACAACCGGAGCGUGACGUCCCGGCAUGGCCUCCACAUUUAAUUGCGGGCCCUGUAACCAGGAUCAGGCUCGCUCCUUCCUCCCCCUUUUAUGUUUGCGUGCUACUGGUAUGCUGUUUCAAAAAUUAAAUGGAAUGAGGGGUAAGGUAGAGGAAGUGUGUCCUUCCCGAAAAGGCGUUGCAUGCAAACAGUAACUAGCACGUGGUACCUAAUUAAAUAGUAACUAAUCUAGAAUUUACGUUUGAAAUUGUCAUAAUUAUAUAUUAGAAUUUUAAUCAAAGAUUCACGGUAAAAUAUUCUGCAAUGUAUUUGACUAGACCCUUGUGACCAAAGUUGCACCAGCCCUAUCCUUCAUGUAAUGUGUGUUCCUUAAAGUUAUCUAAAAAGGGUUUAAUUAGUUUACUGUUGUAUAAGGUGAUGUGUUUUGUACCACAAGGUAAUUUUUUGCUCAAAAUUUAUUAAAGAAAAUACGAUGAAAUCAGAAAUCAUCGAAUACAUAUACCAUCGUCAACGCAGUUAAAAUGAAAGUAAUCCCUGACCUGCGCUAAAAUAGCGGUCUGUCACGUCAACACUCCUGUAGUCUAUUGCUGUCGAAGUAGAUUCAAGGUUCCCAACUUAAGGGUUUCCCCCCAAAUUUGGGUAUAGAAAUGUGGGAAGGGAUACUUUUAGGGGUAUUUUUAUAACUUAGAUGCAUUACAUAAUAUCGAUUGAAAUGUAACAAAAUGAUUUUAAAUGAAAUUAAUUAUUGUUUGUUUGAAAUUUAUUAUUUGUUCGAUGUUUCAUAAUUUUUAAUGUUAUUUAUUUCGAUAUAUAUUUUAUGAAUAAUAAAGUUAUUUAGGGGUAACCCCUAGUAAUUAUGGAGAUUUUUAGGGGUUUUUGAUUGGGGCUUUAGGGAGAUAAAUUUUUUAGAGUUGGGAACACUGAAAGAAAACUCAGCACAUCAGCUUGGCAUACGAGAAAGAAUGUUAGCAUUUCAAAUGCAAUCAAAGGCUAACAAGUUGCAAGCUCCAAAAUUUUGAAUUUCGUACCGUGCAUGACACAUGAGCACUAGGUCGAAUUGUCAUAUUUCGAAUUUUGAUUUCAAAUAAUCUGACAUAGUGUUUCCUGAAAAUAAAUUCAUCGAUUAUUUUUGCAUUUUUGCACUGUUCGCAAAGAUCAAAUUUAACAUCGAUGUGAAUGAGCCAUUGGUUUCACAGGGGAAAUUUCAAGAAAACUUAAUCUCUAAAGUAUCUAUUUUUAAACGUCUGUUACUUUCGUAUACAUGAAAAAAAAAGUGAAUAUACAUAAUUAGGGAAAAAAGUUGAAAUCAAAUAAUUACCCAAAUAUCCGAACCAGUUAUUGAAUUUCAAAAUAUUAAAUUUGUAAAAAACUUGUGAAAUUUACUUAUACGCGUUAUUGUUUUUAUCAUUCCCUGUAAAUGGUUGUGUUUAGGAAUUUAGAUUAUGUUAUGUAACUUAAUUAAUUGAAUGUGAUAACUGUUGUAAAGAUACUUAAAAUAUAUAAAUAUAUAUAUAAUUUUUUUAAUAAAAUGUUGAGGACA